UGCAAUAUUUGUUUGGUUAACGAGAAUAUGGCGUCUCACUUGUGGUUGUGUAGAAAGAUCUAUUUGUCGUUGCUUCUUAUUUUUGUAAUUUACUCUGAUGUUACAAGCCAAACUUUGAAAGAAACUGCCGGCGAAGCGCUUGUGAAUGGUAAAGAAAGUUUUAAUGACUCUGCCAGCGGCAGUGUAAAUAGAGUGGAGCACUCGCUACCAGCUCUGGUUGCUGGAUUGAGAGGAGAGGGAAACAAGGUGUCUGUAUCACCUAAUGGAGCCACACUUAUUCCAGCCAACCAAGAGAUUGUAUUGCGGUUCUUUGGAGCAAAUUUUACAAAACUCACCGCUAUACGAUUUACAACCAUCAAGCAGAAAAAAGGCAGUAACUGUAAUUAUUUAUCAACCACAAAGGUAGUAUACCUACAAGAAGAAGGAUUCUUAAACAACAAUGCAAUUUUUCUUAGCGUUACUCUACCAGAUAUGGAAUCUGCAGAUGACUACUAUUAUAUUUGUGUGAAUGAUAAUCAAGAACCUAACCAUGCAGGAUAUUGGAUUCAUCAAGGAGAUGACCCUUGGAUGCGCAUCCAGACAGAAAGUAGUGUUCUUCCCCUUUGGUUACAGAUCUGUUUCAUAAUAGUUCUUCUUGUUUUGUCUGGGUUGUUUAGUGGUUUAAAUUUAGGUUUAAUGGCCCUAGAUAAGACAGAGCUAAAGGUUAUUGAAAGUGUAGGUUCAUCAAAAGAGAAAAAAUAUGCACGAUCAAUUUCUCCAUUACGGUCUAGAGGAAAUUAUCUGCUUUGUUCUUUACUGCUUGGUAAUGUGUUGGUGAACAGCAGCUUAACUAUAUUACUAGACAGCAUUUCAUCGGGGCUCAUUGCUGUAAUUGGAUCAACUAUUAGUAUUGUUGUAUUUGGUGAGAUAAUUCCACAGGCAAUUUGUUCCCGUCAUGGACUUGCUGUUGGUGCAAGAACAGUAUUGCUCACAAAGUUUUUUAUGCUUGUAACAUUUCCAUUAUCAUUCCCUAUCAGCAAGAUCUUAGAUUGGAUUCUGGGUGAGGAGAUAGGCAAUGUGUAUGAUCGGGAGAAAUUGAUCGAAUACAUUAAAGUAACCAUGGCUUAUAACAAGUUAGAAAAUGAAGAGGUUAAUAUUAUCUCUGGUGCUCUUGAACUGAAAAAGAAGACAGCAUCUCAAGUCAUGACCAAGAUAGAAGAUGUAUUCAUGAUUCCAAAUGACAGCAUUUUGGACUUUGAAACAAUGUCUGCAAUUUUAAAAAAGGGAUACACUCGCAUUCCAGUUUAUGAUGGAGUCAGAAACAACAUUGUCUCUCUCCUGUUUACUAAGGAUUUAGCUUUUGUGGAUCCUGAAGACAACACACCAGUCAGAACUCUUUGCGAGUUUUAUAACCAUCCAAUCAACUAUGUGUUUGAAGAUGAAACAUUGGAUGUACUCUUGGAAGAAUUCAAAAAAGGUCGCUCACAUAUGGCAUUUGUUCGUUAUAUCAACACUGAAGGUGAAGGAGAUCCCUUCUAUGAAAUUGUUGGUGUGGUUACUCUUGAGGAUGUCAUUGAAGAAAUUAUCCAGUCAGAAAUUGUCGAUGAAACAGACACUGUGUGUGAUAAUAGACGGAAACAACUUCGUAAAGAUGCUCAGGUGAAACAGGAUUUCUCAGACUUUGCUAAGAUAGGAGAAGGCCAACAGGGAAAAACAUCAUAUCCUCAACUGGCUUUAGCAACAUUUCAAUAUCUGUCAACCUCUCUUGAACCAUUCCAGAAGGAAUUCAUUUCUACCACCGUUCUUCGACGCCUUAUGACCCAGAACAUCUUCUUCAACUUGAAGCUGCGUAGCAAAGAUGACAUGAAUGCUCCAGCAAUGACCAUAUACCAGGCUGGGAAACCUUCUGACUAUUUUGUCCUAAUUCUUGAAGGUAGAGUUAGAGUUCAAGUAGGCAAGGAAAAUUUGGUUUUUGAAGCAGGACCAUUUACAUGUUUUGGAUGUACUGCAUUAUUGAGUGGCAUCACACCAGGAGAGUCUGGUUCUCAAGUACUAGCUCCUGGUUCAUCUCCUAGCCUGACCAAUGCUCCAAUAGAGCCAAGCUCAUCAAAAGCAAGCUUUAUUCCAGACUACACGGUAGUGGCAGUCAGCGACACUUUGUACAUGAAGGUUCACCGUGCUGUGUACUUAGCUGCUUACAGGGCUACUCUUAUGGAACGCCAGAAGCAGCGCUCUGAAACUAACUUGGAAGACCCAUUUAAAGGAGAACUAGAGAAGGUCUUGAACACUGUCAAUAUCCUUGAUGGUCUACCAGAACAGAUUAUAACUUCACCAUCAGCUACAUUCAACCAGAAUUUAUCACAGGAAUCUAGCUCUCCGACUACUCCCAGCAUACAUGAACAUCAAUCCAUGUCUCAGGUAAAAAGUGAAUGGCAAAGACCUCAGACUAGUCUGGAGACCACCAGUGCCCCUUUCUUAGCCAAUGAAGUCAAACCAAAUGGUUCACUUGGUCCGGCAGCUUGGAAAAUUCCUGAAACUCUCAAGACCCAAGAAACGAAUGAAGAUACUGGGAAUUUGAAACAUAUUGAAUUAAAAGUAAUGGACUCGGAUGGAAAAGUGGAUCCAACUAAUGAUCAUCCAGAAGAAGAAAGAACAACAGAACAAACACAACUGCUGUCAACUACUGAUGCUCAGAGUUGACACCAAGCUAAGAAAACCACCUGAUAGUACUCCUAGCUGUUGAUGUAGUCGCUGUUUUGUAGAUUUUUGCUCUCACAAAUAGCACAUAUCUGUAGUAUAGACUUCUAUUUACAGUGAGAAUGGUGUAUGAGAUGAUAGUUUAAACUGUAAUUUUUGCCAAAUAUUUUUUCUUUUUAUAUGCUGACUUGUUUCUUGUAGUUAAAAAGAACAGGUAUGGAGAUGAUGUUAUCUGGCUGCUGAAAAUUGUAUUAGAUAAUUCUUUAUUUCUGUAGCUAAAGUGAGUAAAAACUAUAGAGCAAAGAUAAUUUUUUAAAUGUUUGUUCAAUUUUUAGGUACUUCAGGAACUGUAAUACUGGCAUAAUAACUGUUUGUACAGUUCUUGUGUUUGACUGGCUAGCUGUUGUUCAUUUGUGGUGCAGAUGUUACUUAAGUGUGCAUAAAGAAUAAAAGGUUAGAGGAAAUAUAUAUAUCUGAAAAUGGCUUUGUAAACAAAUGCAGAGUGAUGAACUUGUUGAUAAAAAAAAGAUUAUUUUAUUCUUUUAUACACAGUUUUGUUUAUUAGAAGCAUCCACACGAUUAUAUAUAUUAUUUAGUUUUUGUGUUUCACUUAAAGUAGGUUUAACAUUGUAUAAAAAUAUUAUUGCUCGUAUUUUUCAAGAUAGGCUUACUUACUCGAGUGGAUAAUAAUCAUUAUUUAUUUUCUUGUAUACAUUAAAGCAAACAAUGAUUAUAAAUGUUUUCAUGAGCAAUAAUUAUAUGAAUAUAACAUUAAAAGUCAGACCAUUAAUUAACAUUACUAAUUGCAGCAGUUUCUGGUAGCACGGGUAGUUCCAAACAGUUGAUGAAGCACUGAAAGCUAGAAGAUCAAUGAGAAUAAUGUACAUAGGAUUGUUUGUGUAAUCAUAUGCUAUUGUUAUUUGUAAAUUCAUUUGAUUUUAUGUAAUAGCUGUUUCUCUAUUUAUAUGUAUAAACUUUCUAUAAAGUUUGUACUUUUUGUUAUUCACACUUACAGCAUGACAACUUCAAUAGCUUUAGGUUCUUUAAUUGUACAUUUUCAACAAAUACAAAAUUUCUUCCAAGAACUCAGGUCCAACAAGUAUAUGUCUACUCUAAUGCCACAUCUCUUCCAAGCAUAAGUCAGGUGCUAGAAAUGUAUAUUGACAUUAAAGCUAUGACUAGGACAAAACAUUGAUGUCAUGUAUUUGUGUAAUGACCAGACCUUUUACCUUUCUUGCUAAACAUCAUGAAUGCCACAUAUAUGUGAUAAUACUAAUAAAACAGCCUGUAAUCUGCUUUAGAUGGUUUAAGUAAAAGCCAAUCAAUGUUAAAAAUCAAAUUAAUUUUUUAAAUAAUUUUAAUAAUUGCAAUGUAAACCAUUGUCUAAAAAUAGUUCUUAUUCUAUAGAAGUGAACAUACAGUCAAAUUUAUAUGUUCGAAAGGUGCAUAUGAUCAUAUUUAUAGUUACAACAGAAACAAUAUAUAUAUAUAAGUAAUAGUUUAAUAAACAGUUGAUAUUAAUAAUAAUAUGGCCUGAUUAGUAAUCACUUAAAGACAAUUUUUUUUUCAGAAGAUAAAACAAUACAGUUUACCAAAAAAAUGUAUGUGUACACACAGUUUAGUAUAUAUAUAUACUUCCUAACAGGUUACACAAGUAUCAGAAAUAUCAUGAAUUACCUUUGGAAAUGUUGUCUUGAGUACCAACUGUAUGAAUAAAUGAUAAUUAAUGUCAUAAGAUAUAAUCAUUCAUAAACAAAACAUUCUCUUAUCUAAAAUUACAAAUUCAUAAAUUGCUAAAUGUAUUGUGUCAAAGUUAACAGUGGUUCUUUCUAUACUCUUAAAUGUCGAAAACAAUGAGUUACAACAUGUGGUUUUAGUACUCAAAACCGAGUUGUACUAAUUUAGAAUACUUGUAUGAUUUUAGAAAAGAGUUUGACAUUGGGCUAACAGGUGGGUGUAAUUUUAUGUUUUUAGAAAUGUAACGUUCGGUAUACAGAUAAAUAUACAUUUGUAAAUAGAAAAAUCCAUUGUUGUUUUAGUUUUAAGACAUUUGAUUCCAUUAAUAAUGCCAGUGUAACCAAAGAUUUAUGUUGAAAACACCAAGUACUGGUGCUGCCUAAUAUUGCAGGAUGGCUGUUGAGAAUAUUGUUGUAUAGUUCAGUAUUGUAUUAUCCUAUUAAGUGUGAUGUUUGUGUGAUAUCUUUAGGUUAAAGAAUAUAAUAUUAUAAUUACACAUCACUGUUUAGUCAUAAUGUAUAUGGAUUUUGUAAAUUAUGAGUAAAACAGUUGUAGUUUCUUUGUGUUAUUAUCAAGCUGCUGAAUAAAAUUUUAGUGUUAAUGAAAA